AUGUUCCACACAGAUUCCGUGAUGUGCGGCAUCUCGGCACUGGCAUUGAAGACAAAUGCCCCGACCUUGUUGCGCGAGGAGGCACUGACCUACAAGGACACGAAAGGAGCCACCGUCUUUGGUAGCAGCGCCCAUCGGCUGAACGGGCUUGGCUUACUGGGGUUCUUUUCCCAAGGCUCUUUGGUGUUGUCUGGGUUGAGGCUUGAGGAGCGUCAGGCUGAAGCUCGGCAAAUUGGGCUUCAGAGGUUUGGCGCCCUUCCCAUAAGUAGCGGCGAUGGACUCAGCAGUACUAGCGCUACUUGUAUAGAGGUAUGUCUUACCCCUACAACUACCAUUGGUAUUCAUCACGCCAGGACAUGUGUGUUUCUCUGUUGA